GCCGCAGCGCUGCGCGGUUCCCCCUUCCCCUUUCUUUCUCUCUCCUCCCGUUCGUGUGGCACUUCGUAUUUCAGUAUGGACCGGUUUGAAGAUGUAUCAGAUGGUGAAGUGGAUCAUACUUUCUUUGACAGUGAUUUUGAGGAAGAGAAAAAGAAAGCUGAAGAAAAUGGUGAAUGUAUAGAGAAAGGAAGUACAAAGGCAGGUCUUGCAGACCCUGAUUUGGUUUCCAGUUCAAAGGAUGCAAAGUGUUGUGAGAAGGAAAGUGAAGAAAAGCAGAAAGAUUUGCAGAAGGAUCAGUCCCUAGAAAAUAGCACAGAUCAUCUUGGAGAUGCUUCAUCUUUGUCACUUUCUCCAGUUGGGGAGAAUGCAGGUACAUCUGGAGCGACAUCUGCAGCAAGUAGGGGAAAACAGGAGAAUGUUCCUGCUGGAAUCCCCAAAAUAGUUAAAGAAGGUGAAGAAGAUUAUUAUACAGAUGAAGAAGAUAGUAGUGACGAUGGCAAAAAACAGAAGGUUAGACCAAAGUCAGCUAAGCAGUCAAACAACAUAAAAAAGGCUAGCAAAAAAUAUACUAAUAUCAGCUCCUCCUCCUCUUCUUCCUCCUCCUCGUCCUCCUCGUCCUCCUCCUCAAGCUCAGAUACAGAUUGUUCUGAUACAGAUUCCGAUAGCUGUUUAUCAGAUUCAUCUCAUUCUUCCUCAAAGAGGAAUGCUUAUAGAAACGCUCUUCUGUCUCCAAAACAAAAAUUCAAGUCAGCUAUGAAAUUAGCAGAAGGAAAACCAAAGCUUGGUGACUACUUGGAGGAGUCUGAAGACACAGUGACUGAUGUAACACCUCUGUCAACUCCAGACAUCAGUCCUAUCCAGUCUUUUGAACUUGCAGCAUCAAAUGAUAAGAAACUAAAAAUAAAAAGACAGGAGAAUGUGAACCAAGAAUUAUAUGAUUCCGAGUUUGAUCGCAGAUAUAGUCGAAAAGUCUUGCAUGAUGCCAUGGACCUGAAUCAUCUUUUGAAAGCUUUCCUACAGUUGGAGAAAAAAGAACAAAAACUAACCAUCGAUCAGCCAUCUAAAGGAACAAGGAAAAAUUAUUCUUUCACAAAUGAAGAAGUAAGACAGAUUGAUCGGGAAAACCAAAGGUUGCUAAAAGAACUGUCCAGACAGUCUGCAAAGCCACGAAGUACCACACUGAAGAAGCCAGCUGCACCGCCUCCUAAAUUGUACCACAGUGCCCUCAAUAGGCAAAAGGAGCAGCAAAGAAUUGAAAGAGAAAACCUGGCUUUCCUGAAAAGACUGGAAGCAGUGAAACCAACAGCUGGUAUGAGGCGUUCUGAACAAUUGAUGGACUAUCAGCGCCAGAUGAGUUAUCUAAGUUCUUCACCAUCUGUAAGAAGAGGAAAAUCUGCUUUCAGCCAGCUUAGUCCUUCGAGAGGCACUUCAAGAGCAUCCGCUGUACCAAGUACAAUGAGCCAGAGGAAUGAAAAACCUAUGUCUGAUUCAGCCAGUGGGGCAUUACAGAGACCUAAACCCACUAAUGUUCGUGCUGCUUGGUUAUAAGUGCAUUCUUUGCAUUGCGUUCUGAGAUGAUCCUCAGACUUCUAUUUUUAGUGCUUUUGUAAAUUCUAUGUGCAAAAAUAUUUUCUGCAUUGUUCAGUGAUUAAAAUGCAUUGCAUAUGAUAGAAUUGCUUAUAAAAUGGUUUUAAGUGAACACUUUCACUUCAGUCAGUGUUUUCCAUGACAGGAAGAACUUAUGAAAGAGGAGGUGGUAUUUAAAUGGACAAGAUAAAUAAAAAUUGCUAAUUAUUAUUUUAUUCUCAAAUCAUAAGUGGAAUUUGUAUCCAUAACAUGGAAGGACAGAACUAUGACUUGCACUAUAGAUGCAAGAUGUAAAGAAAAUCUUUAAAAUAAUAAUAUUUAAAAAUAUUGCGUUAAACUCAUAAGCAUAUGCUUAUUUCCUAGAUUGUCUUUGUUUUUCAUCCUGGCUUUGGGUAAGCCUUCUGAACUUUGUGGGUCAUGUUCUUAUGACUGAAAGAAUCUUCUUUUUACAGCGGCAGGAAGAGGUGAAAAGCAGAUUGUGUAUUCCUGCAUAGUUAACUAGAAUACUGAGGCUGCAGAAGAUGUUGUUCUGCCACUCUUGCACUCCAGGUGUUGAACGUUUGUUUUGUACUCAAGGCUGUGUCUCUUCCAGAUUUAAAAGAAUUUUGGAAGUUGUAUUGGGACCUUUGUGUAGGAAAGAAGCAUCUGAUGCUAUUGAACAAGAGUAAAGACUGAAGUGAACAACAGUUUCAGAUUCACUCUAAAGAAGAGUAAGUUUUAGUUGCUUCUCAAGCUAGAGAAUACUAAGCAAGGGAAAUAUUUCAUGGCCCAGCUUUUGCAGAUCCUUGCCCUUCUUGGUGGAGAGAAAUAAACUUGAGCUGCAGGAAAUUUGAACAUCUGAUUUUGAGAGUGACUACUAACCAGGAUAUAAAAAAAAAAAAAAAGAAAAAGACAGUAGAAAAAAGAAAAUCUUGUUAUGCUUCUUAACCUGUUUUUUAAUGUCAUGUUCAUUCCAAAUAUUUGUAGUAGUGUCAGAUAAGCUUCAGUAGCAACAUCCAUUUACAAGGGGAGCAAAAUUUAAUGGAAUUGGUAAUCGCAAAUAGUAGGUGGUAUGCUUUAUUUCUAUAUAUAAAGGCAAACUUUCAGUGAGCUUAUUUUGUAGGACUGUAGUCUUAUAAAGAGCAUAAAUUGUGAUGCCAUUAUCCAUGGAUAUUGCUGGAACCCUGCUUGCUUCCCCAGCUUCUUCCCAGGACAGAUACAGGAAAUCUCUUUGUAUUGCACAUAAAGAAAAAAAAGCUAUAUUCAGUAAUGCUGGGUCUUAGCCCUGUGAAAAGGAAAGUUUAUUAUUCUUUGCUCAUGCUUGCAUGAGGGCUUAGGCUUUCAGGUAUUCUGCAUUGUAACAAAAUUUUUACUUGGUUCUGUGUGAUAGUUUGGCAGAGCUUCUGCACCUGGUGACCUGCAGAUCAAAUUUAGCUGUUUCACAAUAUUUGAACUUUUAAGUUUAAGCAACAUUGUGGCAAACAGAUUUUUUUAUUGCAAUUACUAUUCAUUGAUAGGGACUGUAAGGAGUUUUUUGCAUAGUGCUGCUGUAUUUAUUUGUAUUAUUGUGAUAAUUAAAAUUAUUCACUAUUUAAAGAUUUUUGUCCUUGAAUGUGAAUAUCAGGGUCACAGUUUAAAUACUUUUGAAUGUUCAUAUGAUAAUUUUUUUUCUGUGAAGGAAUUCACGAAAUGAAUUACUUUCAAUUGCUUCAUCUUAUUUUGUUUAACUUUGGUAUGAAAGACUGUCAAUUUUGUAUGUAAUUUUUGUAAAUCAUAAGAAAUAAA